AUGGCUGAGGAUCCAUCACAUAAACCAUUUAUAACUGGUGCAGAAUCAACAGGAAACAAUUCAACACAGAAAGGUUGUACACCAUGGUUAUUAAUAUCAUGUAUUAUAUUAACAAUGUCAACAGCAUUCGUCUUCGGUUGGGGUCUUGGUGCACCGAAUCAAUAUAACACAUAUACCGAAGAUUUUUUGAAUGGUACCGACCCAUGUGUCGCUGAACGAGACCGAAAUGAAUUAAAGCGUCUAAACGAUGAACGUCUUCUACACGCUGGACAUCAUCACCACAAUGAUUCAGUAGUUAUUCUUACUAUGGCAGUUGAUUCUGGUGAUAGACCAGCCGUAUCAGAAACAACAGAGACAGCAGUUAAAGUAGUUAAAGAGAAAUUUAAUUUUGUAUUAGAAUUAAUUAAAGGUAUACCACAAACAGUAUUUUUAAUUGGAGCAUUUAUUGGUGCAGUAACCGGUCCAUUUUGGCCAAAUUGUAUGAAUCGUAAAAAAACUGUUUAUGCCAAUUUUGCAUUUUGUUUUGCAUCAUCCUUAUGUGUUCUAUUAUCAUACUAUUUACAAAAACCAUGGUUAUUUUACGUAUCACGUUUAUUAAUGGGCUAUCAAGGAGGAAUGGCUUGUGUUAUUGUACCACCGUAUAUUGGUGAAAUUUCCUCACAACGUGUGCGUGGUGCAGCUGGUUCAUCCUUUCAGUUGGCAUUAACUAUUGGCAUUUUAAUAGCACAAGUUGUUGGUUUACCGUUUAUCGCUGGAACAUGUAAACAUUGGGGCUGGGGUUUGGCAAUUGUCUUUGUUUUACCCUUAAUUUCUACUGUUCUUAUGUUGCUCGUACCGAAUUCACCAACACAAUUAAUACGAAAAUAUAAUGAUGAAAAACAAGCAGAAAUUGAUUUAAAAAAAUUGCGUAAUACUGAAGAUGUUCGUGGUGAUUUGGAUAAUAUUCAUUAUCAAGCCCGACAAGAAGGAGGUACAGAAUCAUUAUCAAUACCCGCUGUUCUAACAACAGCACGUUAUCGUUGGCCAAUGUUAACCACUAUCGUAUUACAAAUGGCGCAAGCAUUGUCCGGUAUCAAUGCAGUCUUUUUUUAUUCAUCAAAAAUGUUUGAAAAAGCUGGUAUUAAAAAGGACUUAAUUCCCUAUGCUAAUAUCGGUACAGGUAUUAUUAACGUCUUGGCUACUAUUGUUGCAUUAUCAUUAAUUGAAAAAGUUGGUCGUCGUGCAUUGAUUAUCUAUCCAAUGGGUGUUAUGGUACUUGUAUUUGGAAUUUUAACAGCUUUGGUUGAAGUCAAUGAACGAAUAAAUAAUCCAACAUUGGGAUGGUUUAGUGUCAUUUUUGUUCUUAUAUUUGUUGUUUGCUUUGCUGUUGGUCUUGGUCCAAUACCAUUUAUCUAUUCAUCCGAAGUAUGUCGUCCAGAGGCACGUGACAGUGUUCAAGCAUUAGGAUUAGUGGCUAAUUAUCUUGGAAAUAUUUUAUUAUCAUUAUUUUUUCCAGCAUUAAAUUCAAUAUUAGGUGGCUAUGUAUUUCUUAUAUUUUUUGUCUUGGUUCUAUUACAUUUGGCAUUUUUAUAUGUUAAAAUGCCCGAAACAAAAAAUAAAACAAUUGAAGAAGCUGAACGUUUUUGGAAAAUACCAACAACAGUACCCACACAACAGUAUGGAAAAGAUAAAUUAUUACCUGUUAGCACAUAA